AUGUGUUUCCAGCUCCCUCGUGAAGUCAUCGAAAAGGAUGUGCGCUUCACGGAAUUUACUAACAUAUUAGCAAAAAGGAAAGAUCCUCCCUAUCUACUUUAUUUGGACAAAGGCUUCCUUGAAAUCACUUUGAAUCACAUUUGCAACUUGAAGUACAUGCCUAAUUCUAUAGAACGGUUAGCCGUGGUCUCAUUUGAUGCUGAAACGGAACGAGAGUUCAGCACGAUUCAUCCAUACAUUCCAACUGUGACUCUCGACUUUUCUGUAGUUAGGAAUGCGGUGCCAGAAGAUCUUGAAAAUCACCGGUAUGUCAUCUAUCAGCUGGUUUUAAUGAUGCGAUCACAUAUUGCUUCGAUUUUGUCGAGAAGAGGCAUAAGUUUUUGGUCAAUGCAACAGGUGACAUUUUUGAAGGAACUUGCUGUAGAAGAUUCUAUUUGGACGGAAAAUUUUGUCUCGAUGGAUGUAGAACAACAUUAUCCAGAUUCACUGCUAAUAUUUGAUACUGUUGGUAAUGAUCAGGUGCCAAUCUAUAGAAAGCUGAUGCCCGGGUGGAUCUGUGGAUCAACGUUCUUCGUACGUGCCAGUCCGGUCACUGCUGGAUUUUUUGAAAAGCCGUUUGCCUCAAAAUAUACGGUAAAGGCGUCCUAUAUACUAAUUAUAGGUGGCACUAAUUAUGACUCGCCGACAGUCGCCCGAUUCCUCAAUUAUGACGUACUUGUGCGGUGCGCCACAAUAUCACUGCGCAAAAAUGCCGCGAUGGUAGGUUUUGGAUGCAUUUGAAA